CCACUACUGUGUUGAGCGCCAUUCACUCUGGUCAAGAACAAAGUCCGGUUCUCUGCACCUGCACUAGGGCUAUAUCACCUCACCCCCAGGAUAUGCGCAUAAAAUAGGCUAAUUUUACGCGCGCACACGAUCCAAAAAGGAGUCUGCUUUAUGCGCACCCACGAUGCAAAAAGAGGACCCGCUUGCGACGCUGAGAGAAUGAACUCACAACCUCACAGCCUCACAACACGGCGUGUCGCUCCACCAAGUCAUCAGCUACCUUGUGAUUCCCCACCGCCGAGAGCUUCACCGGAGUCCAUCUGGACAUGUCAAAGACACACACCAUCACCGAGGUCUAACCAAACUGCAGGAUAUCAACCGUCGGGAUGUGUCGUAUGGAGGUACACAUCUACUCCUGCACCCACAUCUGGGCCCUCAAAGAGCGCUGUCCCUUCCACCAGAUGCCAAAUCACCAGGAACUGCCUGCCAGGACCCUGACGAUUGCAAGUCCCUGUCUCAUUUGUCGUGACCCCUCUACCAGGUACACGUUCCUGAGGCAGAAAACGCUCUUCACUACUCAGUCCAUGGAGACUAUCCUUGGCAUGUCCCGUCACGACCCGGGUUUCAUUGACAGUGUGACACGCUUUUACGCGAGGGGUGAUCACGCUCGCUGGAUGCAGCCGGGAUACCUGCGACCCAAGAGCCUCGAGGAUCAGCAGGAGGAAGAGGCGUACUUGCAGGCGGUGCUGGUUUCGUCGGGGCAGAGUGUUGUCGACACUGCUGUUGCCACCGGGCCUGCUGCAGGCACCUCUCAGGAAGCUGUCACAAUGAUUUCCUCUUCCGCCGCCGGUCACUCGACGUUGAACACGGAGCCUCAGAACGUCGCUGCCCAUCCGCCUCUAGAGAGAGUGAGAGAGGCGCAGCCCCGUCCGCCGAUCGUGGUCGAGAACGAGGCUACACAAUCGGCGAGAUUGGUGCUAGGGCCUCAGAAUCAGACACUAGUGGUUGGAGAGUCGGCGCUGGGAACACUUCUGGAGUAUUUUGGCACGGCUCCUGCGCCAGCAUUUGUUGAGGUUAGUUCUUCGAGUCGUCCAAUAAAGGCAGGCUGAUUGGCGUUUGUUGACACACAUAUACACACAGGACGAUGAUCCACCAAGUCCAUAUGUGCCGAUGCCGAUACUCAACUAUGGGACUGUUCAACAGCCGCCUGCCAUGAUCUCACACACAGACCCAAACAUCCCCCUUGGCAUCACCCCAGCGAUCCACGAUGCUUCUCAGAGCACGGGGUUCAGUGAGUCUCCCCAGAGUUCCACACAUGGAGUAUCCCGAGACCCGACCUCCCCCGACCUCGUGACUGGCUACAGGAACCUCGCACAGAGCCACGAAGAUCCCUUCUUCGACCCAGCUUCUGCCCGCCAGAACGUCUUUAGGCCCAGGCCCGCGAUCCCACCGGCGCGCAUGAGACGCCCGUCCAACGACCCCCAGUCGACCCCGGCGCUCAACGGGCCUCGUCCUCGUCCCCAAACUGGAGGGCUCAUGGGUCCACCCGCGCUCCCUGCGACCCGGCGCUCCUGGCUGAGACAGCCCACUAACGCGAAC